AUGUCGUCCUCGAAGGGAAAGAAGACCCAGCAGCGUUCCGCUAUUGCGGACGUUGUCGCCCGUGAAUACACCAUCCACCUACACAAGAGGCUCCACGGCGUCACCUUCAAGAAGCGAGCUCCCCGAGCCAUCAAGGAGAUCCGAAAGUUUGCGCAGCUUCAGAUGGGUACCGUCGAUGUCCGUCUCGAUCCUCAGCUCAACAAGAAGGUGUGGGAGUGCGGUGUCAAGGGUGUCCCCUACAGGCUCCGCGUAAGGAUUUCCCGGAAACGAAACGACGAGGAGGGCGCGAAGGAGAAGCUCUACAGCUACGUGCAGGCCGUGAACGUCCAGAACCCUAAGGGCCUUCUCACCACCACGGUCGACGAGUAA